CCGAGAGGAAAACAACGUAACGGAAGUGAAGCCUGUUUCCCAGUGAGCCAUGGUUCGCGAACGGGUUGUGCAGAAGAAGACGUUCCAGGAGAGUCUGGACGACAUUAAGGAGAAGAUGAAGGAGAAGCGGACCAAGCGGCUGGCGAGCGCGUGUGCUGUGAAUCGAGGACUUUCCAAACUGAAGAGCACGGCCUCGGUGAAGCCAUUUGUGCUGAAGAGCGUGCAGGUGAAUAACAAAGCGCUGGCCCUGGCUCUGCAGGCGGAGAGAGAGAAGGUACGGCAAGCACAGGGGAUCAUCCUGCAGCUGAAGAGAGAACGACAGGCUCUGAUCUUCCACCUGCUGAUGAUGAAGAGGGCUAUGUGUGAAGGGGGCAUGGCCAGAAGUGCACAGACAUCCUCUGCAGAGGAGCUGAAGUUAGUCCUCAUUUCCUCGACCAGUCCCAGGGGCAUAGAGGCUGAAGCUGUCACUCAGAAAGAGGAGUCUUCCCCCCUCAAGUCUCUCACACAGCAGGAUGAAGACGGAGCUCUCGGAGCAUCCAGUAAUAGCGAGGCCUCUUUGCCUUCCACUGUCGGAAUGCGCCGUCGGCGAGAUGGAUGGAAGCGCUCUGAGCGGAGGCGGAGCUCGUUGUUUAGCCCUGCCUCUGUGAAUUCUUGUCUGACAGAAGAGGUAGAGCCCCAGAACCCUGAUGCGGCCAAGUAUCCCGAGCUCCACCUCGAUACAGGUGUUACCGAACAUAUUAGCUUUGUACCGUACAUCGCUGAGCAUGAUGCUACCGCUGAAAAUGCCACAGCUUGGGGUCAAAGGUUGCUCCAGACAGAUUCUGUUGAUGUGUCCGGGACGGCGCUGGACUCUGAUCUUUCGGACCGCGCAGCUGUGCAGCACUCGACCCCGGAGCCGCUGCAGCGCUGUGUGUCCAGGCAGACGAAAAGGAAAGGGACUCGGUCGGCUACCAAACCGGAGCGAGGCCGCAAAGUGGAGCGCGCACCGCUGAAGAAACCCUGGGAGAAGCCACGUGCUCGCUCUAAGAGUCGCACGGCGGCAGGCGGUCCUGCUCCUGCUCCCAGCGAACGGUUAAACUCCUCACUCGGAGGAAAUGACACGUUCGACUUCGACUGCGAAGAGGCUGUCCACAUCACGCCUUUCCGAGGAGCAGGCAAAGCCUCAGAAGCCCCGCCCUCCCCAAUCACCAAGCCUUCUCCUGCCCCAGCAGAUGAGGACCUCAGCUCUUCAGAAACAGAGCAGGAUGCAGACGACAGCCCGUACAUUCCAGACAGGAAGUUCAGACGGACUCAUGGUCCUCCACCACGCCGUGCCCGCUCCGAGAGGAGGUCCACUCGGACAAGAGGGAAGGAAAACACAGCAUCAAAGCAGAACUGCGCAGUUCCAGAGCUCUCUGGAAAUGUCAAAACACGUUCGGAGGCUGCAGACGUCACUCUGUCGAUCCACAGAGGACUACAUCUCCCACAAUUCCCUGCUACAGACCUGCAGUUCCCAGAGUCUCUGUUAUCGCCUACUGCUGAGAAGUGCAGCCAGUCAACUUCAGGCCCAGAGUGUGCUGAAGCUGCUGCGUCUGGAAAUGAAAUGUCGUCUCCUCCACCCGACAUCCCUGCUGCAGAGAUGGAGCUUAUGAUGAUUAACAGUCCUUUAUUUGAACUGACAGACUGCCCGAGUCAAUCAUCAGAGCAGGAGAACAACAUGGCUAUUGUGAUGGACAAGUCGAGGAGGAGAAAAGGUGGUCUCAUUGUUCGUUCCUGUCUGGGCUUGGCUUUGAGUGACGUGACAAAUCUCUCCCCUGCAGCCUAUCAGUCAUCUCUGCCAGCCAGGGACUCCACCCCUGUCCUCAGCCGCAAGAGACGCUGCACAAGCAGCGUCAGCUAUAAGGAGCCGUCAAUCAGCUCGAAGCUGCGGCGUGGAGAUAAGUUCACAGACACGCGUUUCCUGCGCUCUCCCAUCUUCAAGCAGAAAUCUCGGCGCUCCCUUAAAGCCAUGGAGAAAUACAACGAGUCAUUCGUUGGCUGUCACUGAACCGUUUAACCGUCAUAAAGCUCUGACUUGCACCCGCUCCUGCAUUACAACUUUUAAAUCAUCUUUACUGUGUAAAUAUGAAAUUGUGUGUUAACUCAUUUUAAUGACAAACCAUGUAAAAUAAAGUUUGUGUUUUUAAUGAA